AUGGAUAAAUUAAUAAAUACUAUUAAAAAUAACUCAACAUUAAUUACUAUUUCUGCUGCUUUAUCAACUGCGGCUAUAAUGUUAUACUUAAAUAUAAAAUCAGAUGAAGAAGUAAAACACUAACCUAAACAAAGCCCAAAAAAAAGUCCAUACAAAGCAAAACAUUCAUAAAACAUCCUAGACAAGGCCUUAUUAGAUAAAAUAACCGCAGAAAUAUAAUCUAAGAAUCUUGAUUUCGAUUCUUUUGAGUUCAUAGAAGUAAUAUAGGAAUAAUCUAGAAUAUUAAUAAAAGAUUAAUUUAUAAAAUUGACAACCGAAAAUCGUGAAAAAAGAAGAUUUGAAUUAAAAAAUAAUUAAUAUAACAAAUACUUUGAUAUAGUAUCUCUAUAUAACGAAUAAAUAGAUUUAUUGUUAGAAGAAGCAUAAUAAGACCUAAUAUUAAAGUUGAAGAAGAAUAGAUUGUUAGAAAAAUGAAUUAACCAGAAGUUAAAUAUGAUCCUGAUAUGCUUAUUUUAAUUUCUGAAUUGGAAUAGGAAAUUAAUAAAAUUAUGAUGAAUUUAGAAAUAAAAAUGUGA